GUCUUUGAUGUGCAUCUCUCUAAAAACAACCCUCACACGAAACCUGAUUAGCAUAUUAAUUGAAAAUGGUGCUGGGAGCUCAGCAUCAUUUCUAACCCUCCAGAGUUCAGGGGACUUUGAUUGGCGCACUGCUCCUUUAAAUGAGCGACCACCUGCUCCUCUGGCGUCAGCAUCAGCCGCAGGCGGCGGCGGCGGCACGAUGGCGAUCGAUACGGCAGGAAAAUGUACAAGUGGGUUAUUUCGAGAAAAGCUCGACAUAAACCGGCAGAGAAACACGAUAUCUGAUCUGACUAUGCCGACGGAGGACGAACAUGAAAUAUUAUAUCAAGUGCAACGUCAAGGUGGGUCUGUUCAUGUCUUGAUAAUGAUCAGAGGAUUCAUCGAUUAAUUGGUUCAGCCACGAGCAGGUCUAUUCGCUUCGAUGUCUUUACUAUAGCCGACAUGUGCAAAUGUUCUUUGUUGUCCUGUGAUACAGAGAGGUUAAAGAGUCACAGGUGUGAGGUAAGAUCAGGUUCAUGUAGAAACAAGGGAACACACUGAACACAGACUGCAGCUGCUGCAUGAUGGGAAGGAGCUAUUAAUCUGGAAAAUAUGACAAAGUUUUUACAGCAAAACAACAAUAUCAACCAGCAUCCAGCAGGUGAGGCCCCUACAAAAGUGAGGACUAACCAUUACUGAUUUAGAUCAAACUAUAAUUUCAGAUAACUCAGGCUGUGGAGGAUAAAUCUGUGCUUGUGUCUCUCCUGGUUGUUUAUCAUCCAUCAUGAAUCCUUCAGGUUGAGCACAACAGCUGAAUAAAACCACGUUCUUGUUUAGAUUGGCAGAGAGGAGCCCCCUGCAGGACAUCGUGGCUCAUUGUUUUUUUUUUUGGCACAAUUAACUCUUAAUCCAGGAACCAUCAUAAUUUUCCUGCUACUGCUCAUCACAUUCGCCAAUAUAUUGAUUGUUUUGACCCACUUAACUGUAAACAACAUUUUUUUUUUAUUGAACUUCCAAGGAUUUUAUUUUUCACCUUCCUGUCUGUGACUAAAGCCUGUUUACUCAAAGUUUCUGGAACAAAAGCGAACAGUUUUUUUUUUCAGUCUACCUAAUUCAUCAAUCUUGACUAUGAUUUUAUAAUUUGUGAAACCAGUGACUGAGAAAUUGUUUCUCAUUGGAGGAUACGGGCUGCUUGUUGCCAUGAAACUGGUGACCUUGUUGCCUUGGUAACAACCAGUAACACUAUGCAGCGGCCUGUUAUGUGUUUUGUACAAGGCUAGUUACAGUCAAAUAAAGGAUCGUAUUCUUGAACUUGUUUAGGUAAAAAAGCCACACUGAAGAUGAACAGUGCUAUUUUUUAAAGUUAUUUAUAUUUUAUUGAUGAUGUGUUUGAGAAAAAAAUCUAUCAAUCUAUAAGUUUUUUUCUUUAUAUAUCAUUUAAUCCUGCAAUUAAGUCAGUAUUUUUCUUGGAAGUUUUGACUCACAUUUUCAUUUUGUUUUUUUCUCUUAGCUCCUGAGUGACAGUCCAGUAGGAGCAAAUCCAGGACACAAACACUAGACUGGCCCCAUCAAAUCUCACAUACUGUCCAACCACCAGGAGCAAGAGGUGGUAUCCAUAGCAACAGAUGUGUCCUUACAUGUGUCAUGACCAAAGGAGGCCUCUGUGAUUGUUGCAUCAGAAUUUCAAACUGGGAAUGAGCUUUUGCCAAGUCAACAAAAGGACGGUGACAUCGUAGGUGUGUAGCCUUCCUGUCGUGUUAAUGUUGUUGUUUUUUUCAUGUGUGAAGCAUCACACAGACCGUGUGUGUCGGGGGAAGGAAAGGUGGUGAUGAGAUGAUGUGUUUGUUGGCUGUUAAUCAUCAACCUUAUUCAGACCAGUAAGUAGCACCUCUCUGUCCUCUGUGUUCCUGUGUCUGUGGAUGUUGUUGUCUGUGGUUUAUGUAACUCUGCAUCACAAACACGUCAUUCUUCCGCUCACUGUUUCACAUUCACAAUUAUCACUUAGUAACAGAUCACAGCUUAACUCUGAAUUUCAAAGAUAUUUAAAGUCACUGUUUUUUAUGGUUAAUCGUGUUUAUAGAUGCUUUGUAGGACUUAAAUACAUGGGCAAUGACUUCCUUGGUUCACUCUUGGUUCACAUAUUAACGUUUCUAUAAGAUUGUCAAUAAAACAAAAAAAAAACUGUUCAGUAAAAUAUGAUUUUUUUAUGGUUAUCAACAUAAAAAGAAAAUCCCAAGGACUUCCUCAUUAACACCCAUAAUAGUGUUUCCUUUAACCCACUGAAUGUAUUCACAUGGGGGUAAUUAAAAAAGAAAAAAUCAUGUCCACCUUUGUUUCAUGUUGGAGAUCAUAUUAAUCCUGCAGAUCUGACAUAUUAUCAUGUUAAUGCUCAAGGUGAAAUCCUUCGAGCAGCUAUCAUGAGACAACACUAAUUAGUAGCACUUACUGCUUCCUUGUUAAUAUUUUAAGUGGCUUGAAAGGGAAUGAAUUCUGCCAUUGUUUUCAGACAGUAACAUGUGUUAUAACAUGGUAGGCAUUUAUACCAAUCUUAAUGUAAUAAUAAAGUAAAUCUAAAGCUUCUAUGAGGACUUUUUGAUAUUUGUGUUUGAAAUGGACUCAAAUAUUGAGGUCUUUUCAUGAUAUCCAAAAGCAAACAAGGCCAUCCGCAGCAAGACAGGCGGUUUAUAUACCAUCAUUUUUAAUGCCCGUAACUGAUGGGAGGUUGUAAUACUAACUGAGCAGUUUAAUGAAACAGCCCUGUAUUUAUAAUUUCAGUGUAAAUUAUUCCCAUGAAACAUUUGACUGUCAAAAAAGUUAGCAAUAUUAGUUUUUGGUCAAAAGACAUCGCUUACACAUGUAAAGGACAAUAUACAUAGAAACUGUUUUGUCAACAGGAGGUGCUGCCAAAAUCAACCCAAGUAAAACUUCAUGUGACCUUUAAUUGAUAACUCUUGGAUAAGAGCUGAUACUGGUUUUAAAACAAACCGGUAUAAUGACUGUUGAGACACUUGGCGUUUGCUAGAAAGUGGAUGCUUUUGUGACAGAUAUCUACCUGCUUAUGUAUAUCAGAUAACUGUUAAAGUAGCGUUAGAUAAGAGCUUGAAUGAGUCUUUGAGUGAAUCAGUGAAAGUAGCCUUGCUAUAAGCCAUCAUACAGGAAUGGCAAGCUGGAAAUUCUUAUGUUAAAAUUUCCAGUAAAGAACUUUUGGUUUGAGUCAAUUUUGGCGCCCCUCUGUGGAAAAAGCAGUCUUCGCUGAUUUCAUUCUCUGCAUGCAUGAAUAGUUUCUUUUUUCUCCUUUUGGACUGCUACUUUUUUGAUGAUCAAAUAAAUAGUUUAUAGUGAAUAUUUUCAGUGCAAAUUGUCAAAGUAGGACCUUGUUCUUCAGCAGCUAGACUAACACCUACCCCCUCAUAAGUGACAUAGGUAUUAGAAAUUAGGAUAUAGUAGUCUUCAACUUGUCACUCACUGAUAGUAUUCUUAGCUUUUGGAUAUCAUAAACAGGGCCACACUAUGAAUUUAAGUCUAUUUCAUAAACAUUUAACAAACCUUUAUAGGAGAUUUAAAAACUGGUUGAAUGCUAAAUUAGCGUUUCUGUAGCGGAGGCACAUGGGAUUUCUAAUAUCUUGUUUGACUCUACAGAUUUAUCAGGAUUGGUUGUCCUCUGAAUUGUUAAUAAGACCUGUUGCAUGGAGCUAAGCGUCAAAAACACUUUACAGUAUUUCAGCUUUUUGUCCAGAGUGUGACGUCAAUGUAGAAUGGCCACCAUGCAACGAUACUGUAUUAAAAGUUUAAUAUGUUUACUGUGAGGUAUCAUUUAUGCAAUUGACAACUGGUCUGAAAUAUAUCAUAUGUUAAUAUGUUGUCUUUCUAUUUCAGGUAAUGCCAUGGGAGUGCAGCUGCUGGAGGACGGCUCAAUGAGUCCACUGUAACAACAAACAAACAAACAUGCAUCAUCUUUGGGACUGAUAGCUGAUAACAAAAGCCACAAUGGCUUUUUGUAAUGAAAGCCUGCCGGAGGAGUGUGUCCUCAUGGAGCCGGGCAGAAUGGAGGAGGAGGUGGAGAACCUCCCAUCAGAAGCUGCUACACCUGUCAUAUCAGUCUCUCUGCGCGUGACUCUGGCCACCAUAAUGAUCUUCAUGAUUACCAUUGGUUUCCUCGGCAAUGCGAUCGUGUGCCUCAUUGUUUACCAGAAACCUGCCAUGCGCUCUGCCAUCAACCUGCUCCUUGCCACGCUGGCAUUUUCAGACAUCAUGCUCUCUCUGCUCUGCAUGCCGUUCACUGCGGUCACAGUGGCGAUUGCUGACUGGAGGUUUGGCAGCGGGUUUUGCAGAGCGUCUAUCAUGCUGUACUGGCUGUUUGUGCUGGAGGGAGUGUCCAUACUGCUUAUAAUCAGCGUGGACCGUUUCCUCAUUAUCGUGCAGCGGCAGGACAAGUUGACCCCUCACAGAGCCAAACUGUUGAUUGCAGGUUCAUGGGUGCUGAGUCUAUGUGUGUCUCUACCAUCCGUAGUGGGAUGGAGGACAGGUGCAGCAGGUAUCGGAGGUUCCUGGGCGCCCCAGUGCGUGCUUGGUUACAGUGACUCUCUUGCAGAUCGAGGAUACACAGUGCUGUUAGCAGUUGCAGUGUUUUUUGUACCGUUUGCUAUCAUGUUGUACUCAUACAUGUGCAUCUUGAACACUGUGCGCCGUAACACUCUGCGCAUCCACAACCACACCAAUGAGCACUCCUGCCUGCCUGCCCUCAACCAGGUCAGCAAAAUGAGACUAACCGGACUGCAGAGGCCGCCUCAGAUCAAGGUGGACAUGAGCUUCAAGACCAGAGCCUUUACCACCAUCCUCAUCCUCUUUGUGGGUUUCUCUGUGUGCUGGCUGCCUCACACUGUGGUCAGCUUGUUGGCUGUGUUCAGCCGGCGGUUCUACUACAGCUCCGUCUUCUACCCCAUCAGUAUUGGCGCUCUGUGGCUCAGCUACCUGAAGACGGUGUUCAACCCAGUGAUCUACUGCUGGAGGAUCAGGAAGUUCAGGGAGGCCUGUCAGGAGUUCAUCCCCAAGAGCUGCAGACUGUGUCCCAGAGUGCCGGGUCGGAGCCGCCGGAGGGUGAGACCGAGUAACAUCUACGUGUGCAGUGAGACGCAGUCAGCUGUGUGAAACAAUGACGAUGCAAACCAGCAGCUUUUGAUGCUGCUAACAAGUGUCUCAACUCUAACUCUACUGCAAAGUGAGCAAUCAGGGGCAACUCAAGUCUUCAAGUCCACCUUAAAAAAACAGAACAGGUGAUUGAAGGACGAACUUUGUGUAGAUUUUGGCGCCUCCUGUGGACAAAAAACGUCUAUCUUUUUGCUGAUAUUAAGCCACAGUUGUGUUUUUUUUUUUUUUUUAAUUAAAUAACUUUUAUCCUACUGGCUGUCUCUAACAGUUUAAUGUUUCAUGGGUUGUAAAUCUUUUCCUUGGAAAAUGUGAACAAAGGCAUUUUGAGCAGCAAAGUAUCAACCAAUGUGUCUGGUAUCUACCCAGCAGCAACAACACAUGCAACUGUAUGGCAAAUAUCAGGCUCUUUCCUCAUGGUCUGAUUUGCUUUUGCAGGUCAUAUACGGGCAUUUCAAUGAUUCACUUUGUUUCUAAAAUCUCCUUAUAGGAGCCUUAACUACGUUCUCUUACAACAAGAAUAAAUUAACUCUUGAGUUUGAGUAGACUCUUGUUGGUUUAACCUCAUGGUCUUUGUAUUAUUACCGUUGUUUCUCAGGCUUGACUCGCUGUCUUUGAGCAGUAUUAGUGUCUGUUAUGUCGUGAGUUUUACAAUUAAAACAGGGUAUUAAUGUUCAGGGAGACAGUGUACAAGUCUUCAGCUUCAAUCUUUCUAAAGAGAUUUUAAUGAAUGUUGUGCUGAAACGCGACCUUACGGAGGUAUUGUGUCAAACCAUCAAAGAUGUCUGUCAGUUAUGGGCUGUGAAUGUAUAAUUGUAUCAUGAAUGACUAAACCAGAUGAAUAAAUACAGUUUAUAAACGAG